CUUUAAAUGUUUUUCAUGUGUUUCAUGGUCGAACCACUUUCAAACCAUUAAUAUAUUGGUUUGAAAAUGGUUCGACCUGUCGCAAAAGCUUUGCAUCUUCAAAAUAGCAGCAAAAAGCAGCGUCUUUCGUGUCUCGACAUUCAUGUCGCCAAUAAAUUGAGACAUUUCUCCGCCAUCCUCUCGAAUUCGGUGGUAGGACGCUGGAAGUCUGAUGCACGGUUGGUAAGACCUAGCUGCAACUGAAAAGGUACCUUGGCGGAAACCUGUCCAGGUUUCACCUCAUCUCAGGAUGUAAUAACAAGAAUGCAGAAGAGUGUGAACGAAUUCUCCCUUGGCCUGAGAGAUGUUCCACACCGAAGGUCAGACCAGCGUGCGCCGCCGCACGGACGUCGGACGGAGGACGAACGAAUUUGUGGCGGUGGAAUGUGUUUGCGGCAUGACUUCACUCUCUCUCUUUCUGUCUCAUUUACAAAACUGACCGAUCUUCGGGAUUCAUUCGAGGUUCAAAACUGUUAAUUUGCACGUUUUGGCAAAGUUCAACUUGCACCAGUUUCAUAUUUACAUGGAAUGCACGCACUCACGCUCGCUCGCUCGUACAGUGGUCCUGAAGCGGUCUUUGAGCGCUGACCUGAGCUUGCCACUUGUUGUUUCGACCAGCCCUUGCGUGCUGGUCGAAAUUUCCCAUCUCCCUCUUGUUUGAAAAGUUACUUGAUGGCCCGGCCCGGCCCGGAACUAAUGAAGUCGGAAUGCAAGAAGACAUACACAGCCAACGACGGGCGGCCGGGCGGGAGCGAUGGUCUUUCCUGGACUUGACUCCAUUUCCAAACAGAAGAUGCGUAGUUGUUUUCCCGUUCGGUGCACAGCAAGCAAUUCCAGAUCGAAGAUCCACACCUGUGGAGUUUAGGACAGUGAAAUCUUAAUGCGAGUGGAACCCGCAGAUCGUCUUCGUCGGGUGGCCUGUCGCUACUCUCAUCAUCAUGUGUCGGAGAGAGAGAACGGAUUCUUCACGCCCCGUCUUGUUUGCUAUGGGACUAAAUAACCAGCUCGAACGAAUUAACACUCACAGGUCUUCGUACAGAUCCGGACAUUCGGAACAACCUUGGGUCUGACUAUGAAGCCAGAGGGAACCGACGGAAUCAUUGACCGAGGUUAUGGCCGAACGCCACUAAAGUUUUCGGGUUAUCUCGAAUCAUGUUGUUGGCUAUUCAGUACCGAGUUGAAUGAUCGAUCGAUCUCUUGAUUCAGAUUCCAGCGGCAUAUAUGAGGUAGCCAUGUACGCGUAGCAGAACUCGAUCUCUGGCCAGCGCAUCGUUCGAUUGAUGGCACAGGUAAAGGAGCAAGUAUCACGGUGGGCGUCUGACCACGGCUGCGACGGCGCGUAGCGAGCUGGAGCUUUCAGGGCCAGUGAGUGAGGAUGGCCCUCGAUUAAGUAAGCCAUACAGAUGGUACAAGUUGUGGUUGAUUAGCGCGCGGUCUGUUUGGGGAUCUGGCAUACAGAAACUUAUGGAAUCAGAUACCUCGAGACAUCCUUGUGACCUACAUCCACGAGCAUCGUCUGCAUUCAGCAUUUUCCCUCUGAAAGGCUCUGCGCGCGGCGAAAGAGCGCAGACGUGCACAAGGAACAUGAAUAUGGCCAGUGACCUUUCAGGUCGAUGCAAAAAAAGGCGACCGAGAGCUCGACGACACAGGCCUCCCAAUAUUUGAGUUCCGUUCGGUUCCUUCAGCCGGGCCUGCAUUGCGGGAAUCUCCUGGGCAUGCGAUGGAGGCGAUAUCGGAAAUUUGCUAGUGGGAGCAGGUGCCUUAGAUCGAUGUGCUAUGUCGAAAGAGAAUCAAAGCCUCUUUCCGUGGUCGAUGAUCAGCACACAAUGUGCGCAGACCGCUCGAUACGAAUCCAUACGCGGGCGGAUAUGCGAAGGCGAAGCAAAGCGCAACCUGUACAAACAAGCUUCCAAACGGUCGCACGUCAUCGUGGCAGGGAAAACGUUGCUGCAGUCUUUUGCAUCGACAAAUGCAGUCCACCGAAGGGACGACACGCACUGAGGUCAGACUGACGUGACCCAGUCGCCUUCAACACUCCAGUGCAAUGCAAAGACGAUGUUGACCGCGGACGAGGAGGAGGAGAAGGAGGAGGAGGAUAAUUUAGGAGGAGCCAACUCCGCAAUGAUUCCCCUCCCCCACCUCCCUCUUCGUUAACAUCGUCAAGCCGGAAUCAUUGAGCUGCUUUUCUUUCUUGGUCCCUCUCCGUGUGGCGAUUCUAUGUAUGCGAGGAGCAGCAGCGAAGACCUGCUGAUGCAUGGCUGAUGCAGGAUCUCAGAUCUCGGAAAGGCCGAGAUUCUGAUCUCGGCCAGACCUCCGCCGACUGACACAGACUUUGGAAGUGCUCCCGUUACUGCCUUCGAAUUCCUCUUCCUCCCUCCCUCCCUCUGCCCCGCCUGCCCCCAGUGGCCACAGCCGACACCUGUUCAGCUGCGAUUCCGCGCAUGAGAUAGAGUGCGACUCAUGCAUGACGCAGGGAGGGGGGCAGGGGGCAGGGGAGUGAAGAUGCAAUGAAUGGCUGGCUGGGUGGCGACGCUGCGACCUCGUCGGGAAACUGGGCUCAGCAGGGCAGCAGUAUUCAAUGAGAGCAGAGUCCAUAUCCGGACCUUCAGACUGCACAAGAGCUCUCGAAACGAGCUCCUUAUGGACCACUUUGCACUCCGUGGAAGACACAACAUUCCUGAGAUUGUCACUCACUGCCCAAGGAAAGUCCUUAGUGCGUUGACUACGGCUGGCACUUGUACUAAAGUGCAAUUCGUCCUUCUCGCGGAGGCUUCUCGUGGUCCUUGUCCGUGGGCUGGGCUCCGCUGGGCUUGCUUUUCCUCGCUUGCUUAAGUGCUUAAGUCUUCGCUCUGGUGGGCCAGCGGUUGAAUUUCCGAUCGGUGACAGGCUAUGCAGGGCAAAGCAUGGCACCGCAAACGGACAUAGAUAGUAGGUGGAGAUUUCAUGGGUAGCUUACCAGCCUACGAGGGAGAGAACGUACGUGCACUGAGAUAGCUCGGAGGAAGACUUCAUAAUUCACCUCCAUCGGUCCGCCACCACCUCCAUAAGCAGCAGCAGCAGCAGCAGCUGCUUUCUGCAUCUGCAGCUUUCACAGUAGGUCGUCAACUAUUCUGCUCUCGAGUGCAAAUCCAUCGGUUGCUUCUUGCUCUCGACGCUGCGCUGCAUGCAAGUGGGUUAGCAGCAGCCGUUGAACCUGGAGCUUCCAGCUAGCUAGAGAGCGGGCUAUGGGAACGGGAGCGCUGGUUGGCCUGUCUGUUAGGACUGGUGCUUUAUCCCUCCAACCACAGGACUUCCAGAGAAUCCGAAUCUACUAAGCGAUGUUAGUUUGUCGACAUUAGCUGUCCUCGUUUGUCAGCGUCAGGUCCGCCAGAGACGCGAGGAAGGAGCUCUGCGAAGAUGGAUUGAGGCUGCCCCGCCUUGUCCGCUUAUCGGACACCGUGCCCCCCUCUCGAUUCCACCUGUCACGAAUGUCAAGGCUGAGUUGAUCAUUUCGAAUUUGCAUUCCGCCCUCCAUUUUCUUCGCUAUCUGUAGCUUGCGUUCAUUAGGCUGAGAGCUGAACUGAGCAGAGCACGAUGGCUGUAGGUAGAAGGUCAAAGCGCUUAGUUUCUUAAAUCUGUGUGUUCGAAGACUCACAUUCUCCACGCAUUGACAAAUCUGCAGUCCUACUGUGACCUGGUCCGUUGUUCUCAGCUCGUUUCCAUUUUAGUACCAAGGGGUUUUCUACAAUACCGGAAUCUCAAAACUGCCACAGCUGUCAGAUUUGUGUUGUCUUUACACUAUUCCGAGGCUCAAGGUCUACUUGGAAAUGGUGGUGUAAAUGUUCGAUAUAGUUUAUGUGUUCCUGUACAUGUCUUACUAUACUCUGAGAGUUUCCAUGUAUCAAGAUUGACUGAUUGCAUGAAUGGUGUAAAUAACUCGAUUCUGUUUUUUAUGUGUAAUCGUCGAUCUGUCAUGUAGUUCAUUCCACGCAUCCAUAUAUAUUUCGGCAGCUUUAGAUUUAGUCUUAAGGAUUAGCAGGCUGAUUGUAGAUGGAAAACCUUAAGC